CUUCAUUACUGGAAUUAAUGCCCGCACGCAGUAUAAUUGGUUCGUCAAACUGUCACAAAAUGUUUAUGUAGCAUAAUGUUAUAACGAGGUCAUUAAACCACAAUUAACUUCACCGUUCGGGACACUAAUUGUUGUGGUUUUUGGAGUGAGAGAGUGAGAGCGAAGGACUUCGAUCAUUCGUUCGUCCAGAGCAAGAUUCGUCCGAUAUUACCUAUCUGCAUGUUUUGAAAGCUAGAGGGAUACACCCAACCCAUUAUGACGUCACAUGUGUCUCCUCCCUUCAACCUGUCGUUCACCGAGGCGUCGUUCUUCGGACUGAGCAACCUCGGUGUGGCGCAAUGCCUCCUCGAUCACGGGACCGUAGUCCUCUCCCAGAUGCAGGCGAUAGGCGGCUCAUCCUCCAGUGCCAUCAUCGCUGCUAUCAUAGCAACGGCUCCUGAAAAAUUAGCGGAUUUACUCUAUGGCCUCUACGAUAUCGUCGACGAGAUGUCGCCCCUCCCAAAUGGCGCCAUCACCCCGGGAUUUGAUUUCAUUGGUCGGCUACGCGCGCUCCUCGACCGGCUCCUACCAAUCACAGCGCACCAAUUAGCAUCUCAUAAAUUAUUCAUCAAAGCUACAGAGCUGCGAUUGGUUGAUAAGUACGACGCGCUGACGGUGCAUGACGUCGAUCAAGGGACGAGCUCGUGCGUGAGGUCGAAGGGACCAAAAGUAUUCGAGGUCGGUGAUCGGGCUUGGGCCUUGGGUGCCGAGGUACAGAUUUCAAGCUAUGCGAGUCGAGAGGAACUCAUCGAGGUUAUCCUGGGCAGCGUCUUUGUACCUUGGUUCACGACGUGGACACCGCCUUCAUUCGAUGGCAAGUUCACUACACGCCAGAUUGAUGAUCGAACCCUGAGAAAGGUGGAGAUCGUGAAGGAUGGACCGCUUGAGAUGUACCUCGAGGGGGGCUCAAUUACACCCCUUCUUGGGAGAGUGGUUGUGGCAGAGGUACUUGAGGACGGUGCUGCUGCUAAAAGUGGAGCCAUUAGCAAGGGGGAUCAGAUCUUAAUGCUAGAGGGAAAGAAGCUGAUUGACGUCCCCUUGGAAACGGCGCAGUUGACGUUCAAAGACUACAUGAAGGGAAAACUUGACGUGAGUAUCAUUAACGCAAACAUCAAAAAGUAA